UUAAACAAUUACUAAUAAUAUUAAACAACAAUUGAAAUGAUUUAUUAUGAUAUUAGCAUUGAACGUUUUAAGAAGUAAUAUAAAAUAAAAAAAAAUUAUUCGGAAUUUGUGUUGACACCCUCGGUACUUAGUUAAGUUAAUAAUAAACAUGGCUGUCCGGACUUUUGUAAACUGUUUAUCAAUUAUUCUUAUAGUGAAUAUAUGCACAAGCGAAUCUUUGUAUCAACAAGUUCUACCUGAUCACUUAGAUAAUCGGGAAAGUUAUGAUGAACACGAAGCUGGCGAACCGCCCCCUUACAGUUCUAAACAUAAUAUCAGGCACAACUCUCUUCCAAUGCGAGAUAUUGGAAAGGACAGGUUUAAGUGUUAUUCAUGUGAAGCUCCAAAUUGUGAAGAAGAAACAAUAUGUCACGAUGCUAUACAAUGUUGGAAAUCCAGGAUUAGAGAACACUCGGGUGAAGAAAGUGUAGCGAGAGGUUGUACAACUCGUGCAGAUCAAUUACCUAUGAUUUGUAAAACAUCAUCAAUAAUUGGUCAACAUAAUAAACGGCACGCAGUAGGCCAAUAUCAUGUAAUAUGCUGUGAAGGUGAUUAUUGUAAUCAAGGAGAGUUUCCAGAUAUUGGAGAGUAUCCUAUUUCGGAUGAGCUAAGUGUUUAUUCCAAAUCAUUUUAUAUAUUAAAACUUGGGGCUGCUAUUCUUGGUCCAAUACUUAUUAUGUCGGUGUUGGGCCUCAUUUUCCUUUAUCUUAUGCGUCGCCUGCAUAAGCAAAGACUUAGGAAUCAGACAAAAUGCGAUUUGGACACUUAUUAUAGUGGAGACGAUCUUCUUAGGGCUACUGCAGCUGGUGACAGCACCCUCAGGGAGUACUUACAACAUUCAUUGACUUCUGGAAGUGGAUCAGGAUUACCAUUAUUAAUUCAAAGGACUUUGGCAAAACAUAUUUCUUUGGUUGAGUGUAUUGGAAAAGGACGCUAUGGUGAAGUAUGGAGAGGAAUUUGGCAAGGAGAAAGUAUUGCUGUUAAAAUAUUUUUCUCAAGAGAUGAAGCUAGUUGGAAUAGGGAAACAGAGAUUUAUAGUACUGUUUUAAUACGUCAUGAAAGUAUUUUGGGUUACAUUGGGUCUGAUAUGACGUCUCGAAAUUCCUGUACACAAUUGUGGCUCAUUACACACUACCAUGCGUUAGGGAGCCUUUAUGAUCAUCUCAAUAGGACACAUUUAACUCACCAACAAAUGUUACGAAUUUGCAUUUCCAUAGCUAAUGGACUUGUGCAUUUACAUUCGGAAAUAUACGGCACUCAAGGAAAACCUGCAAUAGCACACCGAGACAUAAAAACGAAAAACAUUCUUGUUAAAAGCAACGGAACCUGUGUUAUAGCAGAUUUUGGUUUAGCAGUUACACAUACACAAGCCACAGACAGCUUAGAUGUUGGAUCGAAUCCACGUGUUGGUACCAAAAGAUAUAUGAGUCCAGAAGUAUUAGAUGAAACGAUACGAAUGGAUUGUUUUGAUGCUUUUAGAAGGGUGGAUAUUUAUGCCCUUGGGCUUGUAUAUUGGGAGGUGUGUCGAUGUACUUUAAGCAAUGGCAUUGCUGAGGAGUACAAACCACCAUUUUUUGAUGUUGUACCAAAUGACCCCAGUUUUGAAGACAUGCGAAAGGUCGUUUGUGUGGAUCAACAAAGACCAAAUUUACCCAAUAGGUGGUUUAGUGAUCCAAUUUUGUGUGGUAUGGGAAAACUAAUGAGAGAAUGUUGGCAUCAAAAUCCACACGUAAGAUUACCAGCAUUAAGAAUCAAAAAGACUCUACUUAAGUUGGGAAACAAUAGUGACUGUGUUAAUAUUGAAGACAUGGAGAUUUGCGUCUGAUCGUUGAAGUGCGUGCGCGCCUUCUGUCUGGUAUAAAUUUGAGUACAACAUUUUUCUGGGCUGCCCUAAUCCAAAUACCCCUUUAGUAUAGUGUGUACAUAACGAGGGAAUAACCAACGGUGGACGCGCGUCGACGCUCGGACGAAGAUGACGAUGAGGACGAAACGAGGUGCCAAAUUUCUAUAAUUUUUCAUUUUUUCAGUACAUAUCUCGGUUUUUACAUUUUUCCCAUAAUAUAGAGCGCGUCAAACA